CUGAACUGUCUGAGAAAAGCCAUUUUGUUGUGCUAGCUAGCUAUGUGGGUAAAGAAAGCCACCAAUAAUGUGGGUCUGUUAUAUCAACGCUAACUAUGCCGCUCUUACGUUUUUGUCUACUGUCGCAAACUACAAUAAUUGAACUAGUUAAAAUCUUUAAGUAGUCAAGACUGGCAUGGACUAGCCUGUACAGCUAAAGCUAAAGUGUUGUGGAGAAGACGAGAACUGGUAGCUAAAGUGUGCUGCAGUUUCAUAUGUCAUACUGUUAGCUAGCUACCUGUUUACUUAGCUGACGGUAGUUAUGUUUUCCGAUUAAUUACCCUAACCUAGUCAGUAUUUGUUCGUAAAUGUGUUUUAAAUACAUUGCGACUGUCUGCGCUUUCAACCAAAGACAACUGGUUCAACAAAGAGGCUGUGUUGCAGACAGUAAAUAAACAGGCGACUGAACAAUCUGACACUAAUUUAGCAAAACAUUGAACCAUACAGCGUUAAGCCAAAGUGCUAAUCUGAUAAUGGCAGAGGACACCCGACAGGACAAGAGAGCCAGUUUCUCUGCUAUAACGGAGCACAACACCAACGGGAUGGCCAGGACCUCCGCUGUGGCCUCAAGCAAAACUGGCGCUUCAAAGAAAUUAGUGAUCAAAAAUUUCAAAGACAGGCCAAAACUAGCGGAGAACUAUACUGAGGACACGUGGCUGAAGCUACGGGAUGCAGUGGGUGCCAUCCAGAACAGCACCUCUAUCAAGUAUAAUCUGGAAGAGCUCUAUCAGGCGGUAGAGAACCUCUGUUCAUAUAAAGUCUCCCCCACGCUGUACAAGCAGCUACGGCAGGUCUGUGAAGACCAUGUGCAGGCCCAGAUCCACCAGUUUAGAGAAGAGUCAUUGGACAACCUUUCCUUCCUGAAGCGAAUGAAUCGCUGCUGGCAGGACCACUGCAGGCAAACUAUAAUGAUCCGAAGUAUCUUUCUCUUCCUGGAUCGUACCUAUGUGCUUCAGAACUCCCUACUCCCCUCCAUCUGGGACACUGGGUUGGAACUGUUUCGUACUCACAUUGUGAGUGACAGUGGAGUUCAGAAGCGCACAGUAGAUGGCAUUUUGGAGCAGAUAGAACUUGAGCGUAAUGGAGAGACAAUAGACCGCAGUCUGCUCAGGAGUCUACUGGGCAUGCUGUCAGACCUACAGGUUUACAAGGAUUCCUUUGAGGAGAGAUUUUUGAUCGAGACCAAUCGCCUGUAUGCAACAGAGGGACAGCGGCUGAUGCAGGAGAGAGAUGUGCCUGAGUACCUGCACCAUGUGGCUCGUCGGUUGGAAGAGGAGAAUGAUCGUAUCAUGAGCUACCUCGACCAGAGCACUCAGAAACCAGUUAUUAGCUGCAUUGAGAAACAACUUUUAGGAGAACAUGUGACUGCAAUACUCCAAAAGGGUCUAAGCAUCCUGCUGGAUGAGCAUCGUGUGACUGAGCUGGCCCUCCUCUACCAGCUCUUCAGCAAGGUGAAGGGAGGACUUCCUACACUGCUGCAGUUCUGGAGGGAUUACAUAAAGUCCUUUGGUGGAGAGAUUGUGUGUACUCCAGAGAAAGACAAGGACAUGGUGCAAGACCUACUAGACUUCAAAGACAAGAUGGACAACGUGGCACAGAGCUGCUUUACACGGAAUGAGGGCUUCAUCAACGCCAUGAAGGAGGCCUUUGAGGCCUUUAUCAACAAGAGACCCAACAAACCUGCUGAACUUAUUGCUAAAUAUGUGGAUUCCAAGUUAAGAGCAGGGAACAAGGAGGCUACAGAGGAGGAGCUGGAGAGAAUCCUGGACAAGAUAAUGAUAAUCUUCCGUUUCAUACACGGAAAAGAUGUGUUUGAAGCUUUUUAUAAGAAGGACUUGGCCAAGCGUCUGCUGGUCGGCAAGAGUGCCUCUGUUGAUGCUGAAAAGUCCAUGCUCUCCAAGCUCAAACACGAAUGUGGAGCAGCAUUUACCAGUAAGCUAGAGGGGAUGUUCAAAGACAUGGAACUGUCCAAAGACAUAAUGAUCCAGUUUAAACAGUAUAUACAGAACCAGAGUGAGCCAAGCAACAUAGAACUUACUGUCAACAUCCUCACUAUGGGAUACUGGCCUUCAUACACGCCCAUGGAGGUCCACUUGCCCCCAGAGAUGGUAAAACUCCAGGAGGUGUUCAAGCUGUUCUACCUGGGGAAGCACAGUGGAAGGAAGCUGCAGUGGCAGCCCACACUGGGCCACGCUGUACUAAAGGCGGAGUUUAAAGAGGGUAAGAAGGAGCUGCAGGUCUCUCUGUUCCAGACGCUGGUGCUGCUGAUGUUUAAUGAGGGAGAGGAAUUCAGCAUGGAGGAGAUUCGCACUGCCACUGGCAUAGAGGAAGGAGAGCUCAAGCGUACACUGCAGUCCCUGGCCUGCGGAAAAGCACGCGUCCUCAACAAGAACCCUCGAGGGAAAGACGUGGAGGAUGGAGACCGUUUCAAUUUCAACAAUGAUUUUAAACACAAACUGUUCCGCAUCAAGAUCAACCAGAUCCAAAUGAAGGAAACUGUAGAGGAGCAGGUAAGCACCACAGAGCGUGUGUUUCAAGACAGGCAGUAUCAGAUUGAUGCAGCUGUGGUGCGCAUAAUGAAGAUGAGGAAGACCCUCAGUCACAACCUCCUGGUAUCAGAGCUCUUCAACCAGCUGAAGUUCCCUGUCAAGCCGGGCGAUCUGAAGAAGCGGAUCGAGUCCCUCAUAGACAGAGACUACAUGGAACGUGACAAGGAGACUCCUAACCAGUACCACUAUGUUGCCUGAAGGGGUACCACUGUUACUGCCAUGCUUCCCUCAUAGCAAGCGUACAGCUGGCCCCCCAAAAACAGCAUUACAGCCCUUCAGAUACCCAACUCUCCUCUGGUGCCCGUCUUUCCCUCCAUCCACGAUCGUGGACGCAGCAUCCAGAUCACACAGAGCUCCAGAGAGACGAAAGAGACUUGGCUAUACUGUUCCCACUCUGCGUUAUCUUUAGUGGGACGGGGCUGGAGGAGUGACCUGGGUUGUUGAUUGUUGGUUUAUGUGACUUACGAAUCUGCUAAUGCAAAACUCAACUGAAAAUAACUAGCACUUUCCUCUGUUUUUGUUUUGGGGUUUUUUCCUCCUCUGGAUUUGGAUUUUUUUUUUCAUCACGUCUUUCUAAAAUCACUUAUUUUCUAUUAUAGUUGGUUUGUCUUGAGUUUUAAGAUUUUUUUUUUUGUUUUAUUUUUUUUUUUUUGUUCAACGCAUUCUCCUUAUGAAUGGCUCUUUAAACUGCUGAGUGUAAACCCGAUUGAUUGGUUGGUUGGUUGGUUGGUUGGUUGCUUGAUUUGGCAGAGUAACCGCUGUUGAGGACGAGAAGAGACUUGAGAAGGAUGAAGUGGGCCAGAGGGGUUGUUGGGUCAGACAUGUUUGGGUCAGAGGGAGGGUUCAUUGCUUGUAACACAGAAGAUAAAUGACAUGCAGGCAAGCCAUUUGGGUAUUUCUUUGGGUACCUUUAUAUGUUUUGACCAAAAUGUCCAAAUGUCCAGUGUCAUGUGCUGACGUUUUUGUAGAUCAGAUUGUAUUCUAUGUAAGAGUGAGAAAAGUGAACCUGAAUAAAUGGAUAUUUAAUGA